AUGACACAGAAUCACAUUAAAUUAUUAAAAAGAUCAUUCACGACGCAACGACCACUCUACGAGCAGCCCAAACGAAGCGAUGAGAAUGAUCAAUGGACACAGCACACACAGCAUACGCAGCACACUCAAAACACCCAAAACACCCAUGAUAACAGGAAAUACUCCCCUUUCUUUAGAUCACUGAUGCACAAUCUACCACACCCCCACACGCCGACAAAAGAAGAACUCCUCGGCUUGGCUAAUGGCUUCUUCGAGAGACUACGCAUACGCUGGAAAUGGUGGACAAUUAGAGGUUUCAGAAAGUUCAAUGCAGACGACGUCAGCGCUUUCAUUAGCUGGCUACUCGUCGGACACAUAUUUUGGAUUUUGAUUGGUACAACGACUUUCUUCUCUGCUAUCUUUGCCACUGCAAAUAGUCUAAGAUUGCAGAAUUACAUCGCAGGUGCUAUUUCUGAUUAUCUCACUCAAGCUACUGGUGUUACUGUCGCUUUUGAGAGUGCUAUUUUACCCAAAUGGAAAGACAGCCGGAUAUCCUUUAAAAAUGUUCAUGUUUCUAGGCAUUCUGGUGGAGAAACUCUACCGCCCGUUCAGCCAGAUAGUGCGGCGGUGCGGCGAAAGAUUAUCUGGGAUGAUCACGCACACGUACACGACGAAGAUCACGAUCUCACAUUAAAAAUUGCACCACCACCUCCUCAAGAGACUUGGACUAUGUUUGAUAUCAAUCUCGAUUCUGUGGAUGUUGAACUAUCACUAUGGCGGUGGUUGGAUGGGAAGGGAUUGGUGAAGGACGCCUCAAUAAAAGGUAUUCGUGGUGUCUUAGAUCGAAGGGGUGUAAAAUGGGACUAUGACAAUCCACUCGAUCCAAAGGAUUUUAGGCACCCUCAUCAUCCAGGAGACUUUGAACUUGAAUCACUCACUAUUGAAGAUUUACUGAUUACAGUGUACCAACCAGAAGAUUUCAGACCUUAUAAUAUGAGUAUAUUUAGAGGAGAGAUAGGAACAUUCAGGAAACAGUGGUUAUUCCACGACUUGCUAGCUGCAUAUGCAAUGACUGGUCAGUUUGACAAUUCGCUUUUCAGUUUGCAUAAACCACAAUCGAUAACACGCACACACAACGCCGAUGUUGAUAGAGUGACGAGAUUUAGAAUAGAUGGUGUUGCAGUGGAUCAUCUUCAGGCAGCGGCGGGAAUGACAGGACCAACAGCCUGGAUAACUCACGGAAAGAUGGACGCUGUAGUUGAUAUCACCUUCCCAUUCCAGCAGGAUGAAGAUCUAUUCGAUGCGAUAAUGGAGAGUAUAAAUAAUCUAAAUUCGGCCGUGCAAGAUGGAGAUAGUAGAAUACCUGGACAAGCACAACUUACUAGACCAGCACUCAAGUCACCCGACCAGACUGAACAGCAGGAUGAACCGGCGUUGAGUAAGGAGAGGGUAGCUGUUGAUAUAGAUUUGAGGUUCAGGGAUGUCAAAGCUAGUGUGCCAUACUACACAAGUGAUUUAACAUAUACAAACAAUGCACUAGUGCGGCCAAUAGUUGCAUUCAUAAACUCAAACCGCACACUCAUACCAAUAUUGUCACAUGUCGAGUUGCUAAUUGAUGAGUUUGAUGGGAGUUGGACUAUGUGGGAGACUGGACUGAUGAGCGCAGUAAGUGAUCGUAUAUACGACGCACUCGCGCAUCACGUCACAUCGACAGAAGCGAAUAACCAGCGAGUCAAGUAUGUAACGUUGUGGAGUCUACAAUUAUCGGCGAAAGGAGCAAUACAAACGCUGAAGAAUAUCUUAGGACAAUCGAAAGCAUUGUUGUAG